CAUCUCGCCGCCCCCUGCGCUCCUUCCACUCUCUCUGCUGGAACCUGGGGCCGCGGUGGGGCGGGCGGCUCCGAGCCAGCGCGGGCGGAGCCGCGGGGCCGGGAGGAGGCGAGACGCCGAGCGCUGGCGAAGAGCUCCGUCGCUCGCAGCCACUCUCGUCGGGCGUCACGUGUAGACCGGCAGGAUCUAAGGAGGGCUCUGUUUCUGGGACGCGGGCUGGCAGCCCAGAUGUGCCAGCAGUGGCAGGAGGUCAAGGGGAGGCGGGCCAAGGCGAUGGAGCGUGAGUGACUGACUGGCAUCCGAGUGGACCCGGAGGAAAUGGCGCGGCCCAUCCCCCAGGGCACCCUCUCCACGUGCUCACAGCCGCCGCGGGCUCCCGCGGGGAGUGAAGCAGCUGCAGAAAACGAAGAGGGAGGACUGUAAACCCGCAGGUUGGAAGGGAACCACCUCUCCCGCUUGCUGAACUUUUUGGUUGGGUCUCCCGCGCUCAGGAGUUGAGUCCUGCCCUUGCUUGCGCUGAGCUAAAAAAGUCGCCUCCACUGCCUCCUCCCGCCUUGCUCUUUCGGUCCCCGACCCCUUCACCCGCCAGGUGGUGAGGCUUUUCGAUCCGGACACCUUACCGGGCCGGGGGAAUCCUAAUUACAAAGUUAGGAAGAGCCACGGAGACCCACGGGCUGCCCCGGGUGGUGCUUGCCUCCUCGCUCCGCGCCCCUCCCAGCCGGCUGGCUCAGCCACUUGCGCGCCGCUGUGGCGCGCUCGCAGCUCCCUAGCGGCGGGAAGCGGAACGGGCACCGGGGGUGGGGACGGUAGAGGUGCACGAGUGGGAGGCACCUCCCUCGGGAGCCCGGGAGAUCCCGGCCGCGCCGCCGCCGCCCUCGCGGGACUGAGGCUUCCGGCGUGUUCCCAACUUUGUGGCGCCCGCAGGCAGCGGCGGCUGCUAUGGAGCUGCCUCCCCGUGGCAGGGCGCCGCCGUGCUCCCCGCUGGACAGCUGCUCCCUGACCUCCCUGGACUCCAGCGUCUUCUGCAGCGAAGGAGAAGGGGAGCCCUUGGCGCUCGGGGAUUGCUUUACGGUCAACGUGGGAGGCAGCCGCUUUGUGCUCUCGCAGCAGGCGCUGUCCUGCUUCCCGCACACGCGCCUUGGCAAGCUGGCCGUGGUGGUGGCUUCCUACCGCCGCCCCGGGGGCCUGGCCGCCGUGCCUAGCCCACUGGAGCUGUGCGACGACGCCAACCCCGUGGACAACGAGUACUUCUUCGACCGCAGCUCGCAGGCGUUCCGCUACGUCCUGCACUACUACCGCACCGGCCGCCUGCACGUCAUGGAGCAGCUGUGUGCGCUCUCCUUUCUCCAGGAGAUCCAGUACUGGGGCAUCGACGAGCUCAGCAUCGACUCCUGCUGCAGAGACAGAUACUUCAGAAGAAAGGAGCUGAGUGAAACUUUAGACUUUAAGAAGGACACGGAAGACCAAGAAAGUCAACAUGAGAGCGAGCAGGACUUCUCACAAGGACCUUGUCCCACCGUCCGCCAGAAGCUCUGGAAUAUCCUGGAGAAACCGGGGUCUUCCACAGCUGCCCGAGUCUUUGGGGUCAUCUCCAUCAUCUUUGUGGCAGUGUCCAUCGUCAACAUGGCCCUCAUGUCAGCCGAAUUAAGCUGGCUUGACCUGCAGCUGCUGGAGAUCCUGGAGUACGUGUGUAUCAGCUGGUUCACCGGGGAGUUUGUCCUGCGCUUCCUGUGUGUGCGGGACAGGUGCCGCUUCCUGAGAAAGGUGCCAAACAUCAUAGACCUCCUGGCCAUCUUGCCCUUCUACAUCACCCUUCUGGUAGAGAGCCUGAGCGGGAGCCAGACCACACAGGAGCUGGAAAAUGUGGGACGCAUUGUCCAGGUGUUGAGGUUGCUCAGGGCUCUGCGCAUGCUAAAGCUGGGCAGACAUUCCACAGGAUUACGCUCCCUUGGAAUGACAAUCACCCAGUGCUAUGAAGAAGUUGGCCUACUACUCCUAUUUCUAUCUGUGGGAAUAUCCAUAUUUUCAACUAUAGAAUAUUUUGCUGAACAAAGCAUUCCUGACACAACCUUCACAAGUGUCCCUUGUGCAUGGUGGUGGGCCACAACCUCCAUGACUACUGUGGGAUAUGGGGACAUUAGGCCAGACACCACUACAGGCAAAAUCGUGGCUUUCAUGUGUAUAUUAUCAGGAAUUCUUGUCUUGGCCUUGCCUAUUGCUAUUAUUAAUGAUCGCUUCUCUGCUUGCUACUUCACCUUGAAACUCAGGGAAGCAGCUGUUAGACAGCGUGAAGCUCUGAAGAAGCUCACCAAGAAUAUAGCCACUGACUCAUACAUCAGUGUUAACUUGAGAGAUGUCUAUGCUCGAAGUAUCAUGGAGAUGCUUCGGCUAAAAGGCAGAGAAAGAGCAAGUACCAGAAGCAGUGCAGGAGAUGAUUUCUGGUUUUGAAUUCACUUUUGAUUAAUUUACAUCCGCUGUGUACAAUUAACUGGAUUGAUAAAGUCUUGAUGUGAAUCUGUGUACUGAUGAUGAAUGUCUUUUGAACACUACCCAUCUUAAUUUUUGCUGAUAUACUGCUUGGUAUUCUAAACUGUUGUACAUCCCCCAUGACAACUGCACAUUUGAGUCUCAAAUAUAGCCAGUUUACAUAACCAAAGACAACUGGGAUAUUAUACACAUGUCUGAAUUGCCAAAUAUGAAACAGUAUCACUAAAAUCCAUACAACAUGACUAAAUGUUUUAAGUAUCACUAAUCUUACAAGUUUUUGCACAUUGAUUUUUUUAAAUGGAAAUUAAACAGUAUAGCCAGAGGAAAAGAACUAAACAAUUUUGCUAUUUAAAGAUAUUCUCCAGGUAAAUAAAAUACUCCUUUCUCUACCAGUUAAGCUGUUGAAUAUAACAAUUAGCUUUGUGAGAGAAAAUCCUGACUUGAUACUCAUAGAUUAUGUCCCUGUCUUCUGUCUGGUGCAGACUAUUGGUCACAUGGGGAUUUCAGCUCUGUGUCCCAUCUUUACCAUUGGAGGUGGGAAUUAUGACAAUGCAGUGGAUGAGUGCACGUAGAGGCUUCAAGAACUGUACUUCAUUCUCCCCACUGAAUGUAAUAUGUGAAGUGUUUAUUAGUACUUCAUGAAAAUCAGAUGGUUUUUGAAAUGUCUCUUUUUGGAUGCAUUCAUUGUUCAGCUAUGUCUUUAAAAUCAUGAAUAUAUGGAAGUAAGUAGUAAACAUUUAAUUUAUAGACUGAUACUAUUAAAAGUUCUCAUUUCAUAAAAUGAAAAUAUGUUGAAUGGCAUCACUGGAUGAGCUCAAAUAUGUUUUAUU